AGGCAAGGCAACGCAAGUUUCCGGAAAUUCAACCGCCGCAAUGAGAGAUCUCCAUCUUCAUCAAAAAGAUGCUCUGCCCGAGUACACGUCCAGGUAUUUCCCGUUAUGUCAAAAUCUAUGCCGCCUCCGUCGAAAGGUCUGAUCUACGCAGAGCUUCUUGCAAAUAUCCGUCAAAUCUCGGUCAUCGCUGCGCUGGAAACGCCAUGUGAUACAGCUACAAAGGUUGAGCUGUCUGGCAAUGGCCAGGAGUUCAUCUUGCAGCAUGGUGGAGAAAGUACUACCCUGACACUUCCUGGAAGAAUUGUUUUGACUACCCAACUGCAAAAGCCAGCUUUGGGAAGAAAAGAGUUAUCAUGGCGUUUGCCUCUGGACAGCCCGCCAACGCGUCCGGAUGCAGAGGACGCCCAAAGUAACGUAGCUCCUUGGUCCGCCAGUAAUUUGAGAGAAGACUUCGAGUUUCUGUGUCGAGAUUGUGGCGCUGUUGUGAUUGGAAAAGGAGUCAUCAAAACUUGGAAAGACCUGCCAAGUGAAAACUGGGCAGAGAUGAUGGAUUUCUGGCAUUGCCACAAACCCGAUGUUCCGGAGCAUGAGCGUACCCAUGAACACGAGUCCAAUGGUGCCCAAGGUCCCGAAGAACUUGAUACCGAGAAUUCAGUAGCGACUUCCAAAGGCUAUGGAGCCAACACAAAAUUUGCUGCCAAUUCUGGAACGGCCUUUAUUGACAUCACCACCUUUCUCCUUUCACCUUCUGACUGCUCCAACUUAGAGCCUCUGGACAAUCAGACCACUCCUGCCCUCGAACAGAAAGUAGCAAUUCGGCCAAUACACUGUAAAGGUUGCUCUAGGAACAUGGGCUAUUUUGAUGAACAGUCAGAUGGCGUCAAGAUUUGGAAAUGGAGUAUUAAAUUGUCGCAGGCAAACCCUCACUGGUCUUCGGGUUCGCGCCUGCCUCAGAUGCCGUCAAUAUCUUCAAUAAUUUCAACUCGAAUUUCGAGUGUCUUGCAAGCACAAUGCUGCUCUCGGUUGUUACUGCAUCCAUUGGAGUGGAAACCUUCGCCGGCCGCCUCAGACGCGAUGAACAAGAUGUCGCCAUCACUACUAUCGUUGUGGAUUUUAACGCCUACCUUGCGAUACUCCGCAACCAAUUCUUCGGCCGUAGAUGAGCCAAACCUUUCACCCGGCAAACUUGCCAUGAAAGUUUUCUGGAAAGAAGUCACAGAGGAAGAGGCAGCUAAGUUGAUGGAUACAGUCGAAGAGGUACCCCUGCCAUCGGAAGCAAUACAGCAAAUAUCGGCCUGUCUUCAUGGUAGCGCCGUCUUACUACCGCCAAGCACGAGAAAGUUUCAAGGAUGGGAUGUAGGAUUACUAGAGAGAUGGGAAGAAGAAUAA